UGAAUGUGGCUGACUGACUGACUGCCGAGUGAGAAUCAGUUUUUAAACUGUGAGAGCACUGGUUUCCUCGCAUGUUUUACAGCUUCUGGGUCCCUGGAGAAAAUUUUCAGUUCACCUUUAUCAGAAAACAAUUUCUGCAAACAGCUAUGUCAGCUUUGCAAGCAGAUGAGAAGAGGACAGGGUCAAGACACUACGUGGACUAAGACCACAUGGUCAAACAAUUGAUGAGGACUGUGGAUUUGCAGUGAUACAUGGUCAGCAGUGAAGAAAAGUCUCAAUAUCUUAAGAAUAGUUGGCAGAUAUAGACAUGCCAGUGUUUACUUUCUUGUUCAAUAAUACCGAAUAGUCAUUAUUGUCCACUUAGGACCAACUGGUCAGUACAUCCACAAAACAGAACAGAUAGUAGCAAGACGUAACCACUGAAGUUCUUGCUAUUGCCUGCACAAAUCCAGCCUGUACAGAGUGUGAUACAGAUUCACAACCAGAAGAAAUUGUGUUUUCCAAACCGCACUCUGUUCAAGAGCUUCUUCAGGAAUUUGACGAAAGCUACCGCCUGCCAUCCCCACCUUCGAUAUGAAUUUUAAGACCUUAACUAGCCCAGUGGGCAUUUUGCGUAUCCUGCAAGUUGUUUUUUCCUGCAUCGCCUUCAGCUUAGUGGCCAGUGUGAAGGCAUACACCGACUCCUAUGGAUCUUGGAGUAUGUUUACCUGGUGCCUCUGCUUCGCCAUAACUAUUUGCAUCAUCGUGUUGGAGUUGACUGGUUUGUGCCAAAAUGUUCCCAUCUCUUGGGAUGAUUUCACCUCUGCAUUUUCAAUGCUGGCUUCCCUGAUGCUCUUCACAACUUCCAUUAUGUAUCCUGCUGUGUACCUACAGGGAACCUGUACUGGAAACAGCUGCGGCUGCCGUGCUGGAGCUACAGCCAUGUCCAUCUUGUGUUUCUUUGCUUAUGCCAUUGAGGUAGGCCUCACCCGAGCAAAACCUGGGGAGAUCAGUGGUUUCCUGUCCACCAUACCUGGUUUACUUAAGGUUUUUCAAGCCUAUGUGACCUGCGUCAUCUUCUCCCUUCUUCCUGGGUCCUAUCCACUUGCGGGAAUCCAAUGGUGUGUGGCUGUGUACUCCAUAUGUUUCAUCAUCACCACACUCGUAAUUAUCCUCACUAUUGGGCGCCUCUUACCACGGCUGCCCAUUAACUUUGAGAAGAUACUAAUUGGUUACAACAUCCUGGCUGUUGCAAUGUAUAUUACUGUGGCCGUUAUGUGGCCUUACUACUGGUUCAAGAACAUACCCACUAGACCAUCAGACCCUGGCCAGGGACAGGCUUGGGAUAAUAUACUCGGGGUAACAUUUCUCACCUACAUCAAUCUGAUUGCCUAUAUUGUGGACUUAGUAUACUCCACGAGAAUGGUUUUCUUUGUUGUGCCUGCAUAAAUCCUACAUUUAAAAUACCUGUCAUCAAUUAUAUAACCAGGCCUCAAUAUUUUCAAUCACCCACUAGCCAUUGGGAGACUUUCACCCCUGGUGAGUGUACCAUUGACCCUCCAGGUUUGCAAUGGCUAGUAACUUUUAAGAUCUGGCUAGUAGCCUUGGAGUUGAAAUUUUGAACCCUGGUAUAAUCAAAUGAAUAUAUAU